AUAUAUAUAUAUCUUGCCUCUUUACGUUCCUUUAUUCUCCCAAUGAUUAUCAUUUCGUUUCCCAACAUGGUUUUUUCUCAAAACUUGCUUUUGAUCAUCACAGCUUCCAUGGCGGCGCUUGUUGGUGUUGCUGCAGCUUGCUCAAAUGGAGAAUGCAGGCUACAUGAUGAAUGUUCAUCGAAUCAAGAUUGUGAAGCUGGACUCUAUUGCCUUGCUUGCCCGCUAGGGUUUCCAGGCACAAGAUGUGUUAGAUCAACCAUCACAGACCAAUUCAAGCUUCUGAACAAUUCUUUGCCUUUCAACAAAUAUGCAUUUUUGGCGACUCACAAUGCCUAUGCUAUUGAUGGAUACCCAUCUCACACUAAAGUUCCUCGAAUCACAUUUACCAAUCAAGAAGACAGCGUCAUGGAUCAGCUAAAUAAUGGAGCUCGAGCCUUGAUGCUUGAUACCUAUGAUUUUCGUGGAGAUGUAUGGUUAUGCCAUUCAUUUAAAGGAAAAUGUCAUGACUAUACUGCAUUUGGUCCAGCUAUUGACACUCUAAGGGAAAUUGAAGCUUUCUUAUCUACAUAUCCAGCAGAAAUUGUUACAAUAAUCUUAGAAGAUUAUGUUCGAGCCCCAAAUGGAUUGACCAAGGUCUUCACUGAUGCUGGCUUGAUGAAAUAUUGGUUUCCUGUGACAAACAUGCCCAAAAAUGGUCAAGAUUGGCCAUUAGUUAAUGACAUGGUCCAGAACAACCAAAGGCUACUUGUUUUCACUUCAAUUCAAUCCAAGGAAGCAAGUGAAGGCAUUGCUUACCAAUGGAAUUACAUGGUUGAAAAUCAAUAUGGGAAUAUUGGCAUGAAAGCAGGAAGUUGCACUAAUAGAAAGGAGUCACCUCCUCUUAAUGACACGAGUAGAUCAUUGGUGUUGGUAAAUUACUUUAGAUGUAUUCCUAUGAAGAAACUCUCUUGUGAAGAUAACUCAAGGAAUCUCAUAAAUAUGCUUCAUACUUGUAAUGGUGCUGCUACCAACAGAUGGGCAAAUUUUGUUGCUGUAGAUUAUUACAAGAGAAGUGAAGGAGGAGGAUCAUUUCAAGCCGUGGACCUGCUAAAUGGGAAGCUAUUAUGUGGAUGUGAUGAUAUCCAUGCAUGUGUGGAGGAAUCGCAGGAGGAGUACAACAACAAUAAGGGAGCGCAAGUCGAGCUUCUGCAGCAGGAUGGUUUGUAUAUAACAAGGAGCAGUGAUGGACUCAUCUCCCGUAAGGAGGAGAUAGUAUGAGUCAUUGGACGGUAACAAAGCUAAAGGGGAAACACUAAUGGGCACUACCUCUCAUCUACCUGCAACAUCAGCCCAUUCUGAGAAGGGAGAAUCACGGGGGCAUUAGGAUGACCCUGUACCCUGUUAGGUAGAAGCGUUGCUACCUAGAGGAACGGGUGGUCAGGGACCAGAAGAUAGGUCUCCACCAAUUGUACCGACGACCACACCAAAUCCAUAUUCAGACCCUGUAUUUUUUGUGCAAUUGGUCAAAGGCAGUAGCAACAAGGAUGGCUACAAGCACAUCCAAUCCCGCCCCUCGAGUAGAGAGAGUGGUUACCCUAGUUCAAUAGGUGAAGGGUAUACGAGAAAUGGGUUGUACAACCUAUUCGGGGGAAGAAGACACUAAAGUAGCAGGACAUUGGUUGAGAAAGGUAGAAAGGGUUACAGAUCAGAUGCAAGUGCCAGAGGAAACCUGGGUGGAUUGUGUGACCUAGUUGUUGAUAGAGAAAGCCCACUUUUGGUAGGAAACUAUCAGAGAAAGGAGAGCAAAAAAAGGGUUGAGCUAGAGAGAUUUUCAAGAGGAAUUUAAAGAGGGUUAUUACUCUUAGCAGCACAGAAAGGAAAAAGAGUAGGAGUUCCUCGACUUGAAGUAGGGGAAGAUGAAAGUUCUGGAAUAUGAGAGGAGGUUCCAAGACUUAUCUAUCUUUGCCACUACCUACCUCCCUACCUUUCUAUCGAGCAUUAUCGAGUAGAAUGGUUCCGGAAUUGGCUUAGGCAAGAGCUAAAGAUAAUAUUAGUAGCUACGCAGUUCAGUCUGUUUGGGAUCUAGUACGGGCUGCGCAGGGUAUGGAGAGGGUGAUGAAUGAUACUCUGAGGCUGGUUAGUGAAUAGAGUUAAAUGACAUGGUUUAAGAGCAAGGACUUUAUGCUUCCAGCAGGGAGAGCUUCAUAUUCGAAGAAGGGUAAAAGUAGUCAGUCUUUCAGGCAACUUCAGAAGGGAGGGGGAAGUUUUGUUUAUAGAGGGAGUUUAGGGGGAGCGAGAAGGGCCGAUACUGGGGGAUAUAUCGGGGGUCAGAAUCAGCAAGGAGCCAAUACUACGGGAGGACCCGUGAAACAAAGGGAACCCACCAACUCAUUGUGUACGAGGUAUAAUCAGAAACAUCUUGGGGAUUGUUCUGCAACACUGAGAAGAUGUUAUAUUUGUAGAGGUGAGGGCACCGAUGGAGGGAUUGCUAAUACUUAGGGAGAGGUUGCUUCCACUACGGGGACACAAGUUAUAGAAAGAGAGAAUGUCCAAGCAGGGCCACUAAAGUGGUACAAAGACAGGGGGAUACCACACAAAGCCAACAACAAUCAGUGACAUUGAAUCGACCUGUACAACCAACUCAGUCGAGCAAGUGCUAAUAGAGGUCGACCCUGGUUCUAAGAAGAGAGGACUCCAAGGCAGCAUAUUUCACAUGACUCAGAAAGAUAUAGGGGUGAUGCCAAAUGUUGUAGCAGGUACAUUGCAACUAGGCUCAAUACAAGUUGAUACUUUAAUUGA